AUGAAGACUUUAGGCCUCCUCGGAGAGAUCAAUCGCCGCGUACGAGAGGUUCAGGGCGGUCUCCACUCGGCGAGAUGCAUCGUCUUCUCAUUCGACUUUGCCGAGAUUGAGAAGCUUCAACAUGCUGGGAAAUGGGAUGAGGCUGGCGCUCUACUUGAUGAUGCUGCCGCUAGACUGAAACUCGCGGGUGCAGACGGCAUCGUACUCUGCACAAACACUAUGCAUUUUGUGUCCCACGGCAUCGAGAAGGCAUCACAACUCCCUCUCAUCCAUAUCGUUGAUCCCACCGCCGACCGUAUUCUCAAGGCGGGCUUUAAGUCUGUCGGACUUCUCGGAACUCGAUUCACCAUGGAAAAAGACUUUUACAAGUCUCGUCUUGAAGAAAAGUUUGGCUUGAGCGUUAUUGUGCCGAAUGAGGAGGGCAAAGAGACGGUGCAUUCCAUCAUCUACAGUGAGCUCUGUAGUGGUAUUAUCAACAACGACUCGCGGGAAAAGUACCAUGAGAUUAUUAGAGAGCUGAAAAAGGCUGGUGCUGAGUGUCUUAUUCUUGGAUGUACCGAGAUCGGACUUUUGGUGGAUGAGGCUGGAAGCGAGUUGCCCGUGUUUGAUACAGCCCAGAUUCAUGCAGUAGCAGCUGCAGAUUGGGCCAUGGGGGUCGAGUGA